AUGUCUAUUAUUGAUCAAGAUACAAUAAAUAAUACAUCAAUUACUGAUCGUGCCAGUAGCAGUAGUAGCAGUGGUAUUCUUACGACACUUCCUUAUUUAGUCAACAUUUAUAUUGGCACGUUUUUAUGUAUUAUGGGUAAUAUUGGUUGUAUUGGUAAUAUAAUUGUAUUUCAAUCUCAAGCAUUUCGUAGUCGAGCUUACACAAUAUAUCUAUUUGCUGAAACAAUCUUUGAUUUCUUUGUAAUAAAUAUUAUUCUUCUUACACGAGUUAUUGAGAAAGGCUAUGGAAUUCCAGUUUAUAAUAGUCCUUAUGAUUUUAUAUGUAAAAUUCGACAAACUGGUAGCUAUUAUUUUGUUCUGGUUUCAUUUACAUUUUUUACACUUGCAACACUUGAUCGAGUUUUAUGUGCACAACGUUCAAACUCAUUUCGAAAAUGGAGCAAUCGUGUUACUUUGGCUUAUAAAAUGGUGAUCAUAUCUAUUCUCUUUUGGUUUAUACUUCUUUGUCAUCGACUUUAUGUAUAUACAGCAGUCAAAAGUAAAUGUAAUCCUAGAUUCGAUUGGUACGAUGAAAUUGAUAACUAUAUAGAAGCAGUCAUCAUGGAAAUAUGUCCACUAAUUACUGUGGUUGUGCUUGCAUAUCUUUUAAGAAGAUCUCUUCGAAAUGCUAUUGAACGACAAACAAAUGUUGCUACAGCUGCAACACAAACAAAUACGACAAAACGUUCACGACUUCAACAAAUUGAUUCACAAAUUACAUUAAUGCUACUACUACAGUCAAUUAUGGCAAUAAUAUCAUUUCUUCCAUAUGGAUUAGAAAUACUCUAUGAUCAUAUAACUGAAUCAUGGAACAAAUCAACAUUACAACUUGCCAUUGAAAAAAUAAUUGAUCAAGUGACACAUACAUUAUUAUAUGCUUUUUUUGCUUCUAGUUUUCAUAUAUCAAUGAUUUCAAGUAGUGGAUUCCGUCGAGAAGUUAAACGUAUAGUUUUGAUGAAGAAGAAAAUACAUCCAAUAUAUACUCAAACAGCUAACACUGUUGCAAUUCAACCCCAGUAUCAGUAA